AUGACUUGGGUCCCUCCGGUCACUCCCACUGUAUUUCUGAGACGUCUUCGGCUCGGUUCCGGACCUCCGGUUCAAUUUCCGUCCAUGAAAAUGGUGUCGGAGACACGACGUAUGAUUCUUUCUAACGACCACGAGGGCGAAGCCGAAGCCGAAAAUCGGAACGUUUCCGAGCUGGUUUCGGCGCUGAGAGCGGCGUCUCGGGCGGAGGAUUUCGCCCGAAUCGAAGAGGCUUUAGCAGGGAGAGAAGCGGAACUGAAGCGAGAAAUUGAGAGGCAAAGGCACGAGAAGGCAUUGAUGGAGGAAAAGCACGAGUUCGAGCGGCUCGAGAAGCUCAAAGCGGAGGACGAGCUCAGGGUCAAGCUUUCCGUGAUGGUCAAGGCAGAGGCGGUUAGCGAAGACAAGUUUCCGGUGAAAGACCAGAGCAAUGAGGUCAUUUCGGGGAAGAGGAGGAACAUGCAAAGAAGAAAAAGCAAGCCUCUGGCUGCAAUCAGUAAUAACUGUGAAGUAGGCUCUGCUUCUUCUGUUGAAAGAAAUGGAGGUUUGCCAAUUGCAGGUUAUGGCAGGGACGCAAAUAUGCUGAUGAAGAGGAAGAACAUGGAAAAGACGAAAAUGAGAAAAAGAGAAAACCGUGUACAAUACCGUUGUAAUAUGAUUGCAUUUUUUAACACAAUGCGGCGAGUUAAGAGACACUUGACUGAAAGACACUUGGAGUUGCUUCAACAAACUCCAUUUUGGCCAUUAAUAUCAGCAUUUUACAGAGGUGUGAUUUCUAUAGAUCAAUGCAAGAAAUCCGACAAUGACAUCUGCAACAUCAUCAAGUGCUACAACUACAGAACAAUGAGUUUUGACUUUGGUAGCACAUCUGCAUCAUUGACAACCGAAGACAUUGCUGAAAUUUUGGGAAUUCCACAAGAAGGUCAGGAAGCAGUAGAAUUAAAAGGAUUAAGGAACUACAAAUCAGAUUUUACCAAAAGAUAUUUCAAGGUAAAAACAGUGUCAAAAAAAUUGGUGGAGGAUGCUUUGGAAGAAGCGAUAAAAGGGAAGAGAGAAGCAGAUGUAGAGGACGUCGUACGCCUGAUUGUACUAGAACUAUGUGUUACAUUCUUAUUAUGCAGCUCAAGCACCGAAACUUCAUGGAAUAUCGUCAAAUAUUGUGAAGAUUUAGAAAAUAUUUCAAGAUAUUCAUGGGCAAAAGCAGUGGCUGACCACCUACACAAGUCACUGGAAAAGUCGACCAGAACAUUUAAGCCAUAUUCUGUUCAUGGAUGCGUGGUUGUCAUAAUGCUUUGGUUGUGUGAGAGAACAAACCUCAUACAACCAAUCAAUGGAAGGGAGGGACAUAAACCAGCUAUCGUGAAAUGGAGCGUGAAGGAACUGCAAAUGAAACUGAGACAUAUAGACGUAGCAGACAUUGGGCUCAGCUUUAAGGAGAACAAGAAGAAAAGAAGAGAAAAUGAAAGAACAUGCGAAGAAGCUAAAUUUGAUGGCCGAGAAGACAAAGAAGGGGAAAUUUUGUUUGAUGAUACAACGGGAUCAUUGGAAGGUGAAUUUCGAGCUCAGAAGACGCAAAUGCAUUUCCUUCCAACUAACAUUGAUUCAAAAAGGUUGAAUGAUGAGGAGGACUCAGAACAAAGUUUGGAAGAUUUAUGUGAAAUGAUUCAAAAUGGAAGUACUGAAGUUGCAAAAGCUCAAGGAAGAGUGGAUAGUGAAAAGUCGGAGAGUACGAAUGAUAAAAGAGAGAGAUUGAAGAGAAAACUAAAGGAAGAAAAGGAGGAGAAGAGAAAGCUGAAAGAGGACUACGAGUUCUUAAUUGGUGAGCAGAAAUCAUUGAUUCAAUCUGUGAAAAGCUUCGCGAAAAAGCUGCAAGGAACUCUUGAAGCCGAAAGGGAAGAGGUGAAACACCUAAAGGAGGACAAAAUGGAGCUGAUCAAGGAAAUUCAAGAACUAAGAGAUCAGCUCAAUCGAUGGACUCCAUCGGCCGCAAUGCAAUUGAGAGACGGCAUACAAAUUGAGAAAAGCAACGUAAGGAGGACGUUUGAUCCGGCAAACAAGAAGGUUAAAGUAGAAGGGGAGAAAGUUGAAAAAAUUCGAUCUGAUGCAAUCGACGAAGUAGGUUAUUGAACCAACCUAGCAAUGUGUCUGCAUUUGUAGAUUGAUGUAAAUUAUGUUGAAACUUAUAAGAUCAUGUUUCAUGUGUG